UAAAGAUGUCGCGCUGAGCUCGAACCUGCCUGUACGUGGAGCUCGGUUCAGUGGAUAAUGCUGAGAAAUGUCCUCACCUGAUGCUGCAGAUUCAAACUUCUUCGUGAGUUUUUUCUGGGUUCCACAGCAAAAAGCAGAGGGGGAACAACAGGCGAGGCCCCGGGGCCAUCACAGCCCGUGCAGCUGGGUCCAGGCGAACAGAUCAGCGCCACUCUCCUUAUCUCCGUUAUUCUUCCCAACCAGCUGAUGUGCAGAUUAGGAUUAUUUGCAGAGAGCGAGUAAUGUCCUCUGUGUGCAGUUUUUGGAAGGAUCCCAGGUAGUGCGGUGUAAAGAGCUCACCUCCUGCUCUCUGUGAACUCUGUUUUUUGGAUGCUUGGAUAACUUAUUCUCUUAUGUUACUGGCUGCUUUCAUCUGCAUUUUCAUUGGGAAAACAACAACAAAAAGCAAACUUGAUACACAAAGAGAGUGUAGCUUUUUAAAAAAGAAAAAAAUCUGUCCAGCUUUCAGAAAGCAGUCCGUGUGUGCAGACUGUGAACUCAGCAGCCCGGCCAGCCAGCACAGAGACCUCCCGCUAUUGUUUUGGGAGUAUGUGGACUGCAUGACUCAUACACUGAUGUAUUUAUCUGUCUCUGUGCCAGCCAGCGGGCAGCAGCCAAAAAAGAGAGAGGGAGAGAAACAUGUUGCUGACCAUAGGACAAGAUGGAGAACAGCAGCAUGGGACGGGCGUGCAGACAUGUUUCAGAUCCUCUGACUUGCAGUAACGCAGGCGCGCUGGCUGGUUUCAUCUGUCAGAGUCGGUUAAAAUCACGCCUUUUUGUUUUUGGCUUUCUUUGGAUAUCUGCCCCUCACGUGUUUCUGUUCAAAUCCAAACACUGCCGAGUAAUGGCUGAGCGCCACUGGUCUCCAGGACUGACCAUUGAACUUGCUAAUGGCGAGUUUGGCCCUUGAUCUCUUUGCUGGUGGCCCAUCUGUGUGGACUUUAUGGGGACGAAUAAUCUUGGCGUCCGUUGCCUUUGUAGCUCGGUGCAGGACUGGGGGGAGGAAGUAGAGGACGGAGCAGUCUACAACGUGACGCUGAAGAGGGUCCAGAUUCAGCAGGCGGCCAACAAGGGAGCGAGAUGGCUGGGGGCGGAAGGGGAUCGCCUGCCUCCCGGCCACACGGUGAGCCAGCUGGAGACCUGCAAAAUCCGAAGUAUCCGUGCUGGAACGCUGGAGCGACUGGUGGAGACUUUGCUCACGGCGUUCGGAGACAACGACCUCACCUACACGUCCAUCUUUCUCUCCACCUACAGAGCCUUCGCGUGCACGCAAACCGUACUGCAGCUGCUGCUCGACAAAUAUGGAAGCAUGGAAGAAAACGAGCAAGGCGCUGACAGAUGCUACGGCUCUGAAACCACCGGCGCCAUCAGAAACACCUUGGCUUCGAUCCUGCAUGCCUGGCUCGAUCAGUGUCCCGAAGACUUCCAGGAGCCUCCAGACUACCCCUGUCUCCACAGGGUGAUGGACUACCUGCGCAAGGCUCUGCCAGGCUCGGAGGCUCUCAGAAAGGCAGAGGGUCUGCUGGAACAGCUGCAGGCUCAGGCCGGCAUGGAUGACGCUGAUGCUGGUUUCCACAGCAACCAUUCAUAUAGCCUGGGGGAAGAGGAUGAAGCGGAGAUUGAGGUCCAGGAGGACUUCCUGUCGUUUGACGCCGACCUGGUGGCCGAGCAGCUGACCUACAUGGAUGCGGUGCUGUUUAAAAAGGUCGUACCCCAUCAUUGUCUGGGCUCUGUCUGGUCUCAGAGGGACAAGAAGGACAACAAGCACAGCGCUCCCACCAUCCGUGCCACCAUUACGCAGUUCAACGCUGUCGCGGCCUGCGUGGUGAACACCGUGCUGAAGCACAGACAGCUCAGGCCUCACGUCAGAGCACGGGUCAUCCAGUGCUGGAUAGACAUCGCGCAGGAGUGCAGAAUACGGAAGAACUUCUCAUCUCUGCGAGCCAUUGUGUCUGCACUUCAGUCCAACCCUCUGUACAGACUGAAGAGAGUGUGGGCCUGCGUGCACAAAGACAGCGUGCAGACAUUCGAGGAGCUCUCCGACAUUUUCUCGGACCAUAACAACUACCUGACCAGCAGAGAGCUACUGAUGAGGGAAGGCACGUCAAAGUUUGCCAGUCUCGAGAGCUGUGCCAAAGAGCACCAGAAACGCACCCACAAGAGGCUCCAGCUGCAGAAGGAAAUGGGAGCGAUGCAGGGAACGAUACCGUACCUGGGGACUUUCCUCACCGACCUGACCAUGCUGGAUACGGCCCUGCCUGACCUAGUGGAGGGUGGUCUGAUCAACUUUGAGAAGAGACGCAGGGAGUUUGAGGUGAUCGCUCAGAUCAAGCUGCUCCAGUCGGCCUGUAACAGCUACUGUCUUACUGCAGACCCAGCUUUCCUGCGCUGGUUUAAGGGCCAGCCUCAGCUCAGCGAGGAGGAAAGCUAUGCCUUGUCUUGUGAGAUUGAAGGUCUCGGUGACGGCAGUCCGACUUUAACCAAACCUCGAAAAAGCAUGGUGAAGAGGCUCAGCUUGCUUUUUCUUGGAACAGACAGUAAUUCGGCCAGUUCUCCAGUCAGAGAGACGCCACGCUCGCCCCCUACUGGCAGCUCCGGAGAGAGCAUGGACUCGGUCAGCGUGUCCUCCAGUGACUCCGGCAGUCCGUCGGACAGCGAGGGACUCGCCACCCCGACUCACACCUCCGACUCCCAGCAAAACAAGCUAUCAGAAUCAUCCUCCUGCACUUCACUCCACUCUAUGGACACAAACUCCUCCACAGCCAGCGUCUCCGUGAUUCCUACAUCUCCCUCCUUCCCCGGGCCUUCCUGUAUGCACCGACGCUCCAUCUCCCUCACACCCCUGUCUUCCCCGAGUCAGACUCUCGCCUAUAACACCCAGGCCCAGGACGCCUGCAUCAUAAGAGUCAGUCUGGAACACGGCAACGGGAAUCUGUACAAGAGCAUACUGCUGACCAAUCAGGAUAAGACCCCAGCUGUAAUUGCUAGAGCAAUGGCAAAGCACAACCUGGAGGUGGAGCCGGAGGAAGGAUAUGAGCUGGUGCAGGUCAUCUCGGAGGAGAGAGAACUGGUGAUUCCAGACAACGCUAACGUUUUUUACGCCAUGAACACGUCGGCAAACUUUGACUUCCUGCUGCGGGUGCGGGGCUCGGCAGGCCGGCCCGUGCAGCUGCGUAGCCGAUGUAGUUCCACGCUCCCACGGACCCAGCACCGCUCGAGCCUCUCGCUUAGACUCAGCAAAGUCACGUUGUGACCCUGCCGUGUCACCACUAACCCAGGGCGAGACACGACGGAGGGUGGACAUAUAAAUGGAUGAGGAGCUCUCUGGGAUCCAGGGUGGAACCCUCCGAAGUUUCAGACUUUCCCUCUCAUCCCGAACUGUGCCAUUCCUCGCCCAGCCUUAACGUGAACCUUGGAUGUGGAUUAAACUGCUAAUGCCUGUGACAGAGUGAAACAGUGACCCCAAGUGGUCGGAACUCUUUACUACAACAGAUAUUUUUUGCACAUGUUAUGGGAGCACCAACCUCCUGACCUCCAACAGUAUUCUGAUAUUGAAUGAACUCCUUUAUGUCUUGUGACGUACACGUAGCUCAAGCUUUACCUUUCUCCUAAUACAAGAGUGCUGAAUGCAGAGACAGAAGAUGGAGCAGUGAAAGAAGGAGAAGCAGACUGUUGCCUUUGUUCGUGAAUGAAUGGACCUCUAACAGUAUUCUGAAUGAUAUUAAUAAUUGACAGAAGCUGUGAUGCCUUUGGUUUCCCUAGUCAGACAGCUACGUCUGGCUUGUGUGUGUGUGUGUGUGUGUGUGUGUGUGUGGACGGGUAUUAACAUCUUCAUGGGGACCAAAAAUUGGUAGUUUACUAUACUUGUGGGGACAAUCAGCCCUCGUGGGGACCAAAAUCCCGGUCCCCACGAGUUUGAAGGCAUUUUUGAGACUCAAAAUGUGGUUUUAGUGUCAGGGUUACAAUUAGGUUAUGGUUAGGUUUAGGGUCAGGGUCAGGGUUAGGCAUUCAUUUUUGAUGGUUAGGGUUAGGGUAAGCGGCUAGGGAAAGCAUUGUGUCAAUGAGAUGUCCCCACAAGGAUAUAAAUACACACGUGUGUGUGUGUGUGUGUGUGUGUGUGUUCUUCCCCAUAUUGUGAGCUGUGUGACGAAUGCAUCAUUUUGUGCAUUCUGAUUGGUUCCAGUACUUGGUUUUAUCAAGUCCUCUGCAAAUGUUGAAUUGCCUUACCUGCCCAAUGUUUUGGGUGUAAAGAGUGUUUGAGCUUCUUUCUAAUCUAGAGAGACUCUCAGAUCUACAAAAAAACCCGAGUUGUACAAGAACAAAAAGGAUAAAGCGGAGUAUCGUACUGAAAUGGAAAGUAUUUGUACCUCUUUGCCCUUCAUUAUAUGAACUACAGAGUUGCACUUGACAGUUGGUAGCAGAUGCCAAUGGGAUGUGAAUAUGGGAGAGCGUGCAAACUGCCGCGUUAAGUAGUUUGCUCCCUCUUCACUAAAUGAGUUUCUUUUUUGUAAUUUUGUUGCUUUUUCUAUGCUUUUGUAACACAGUUCAGGCCACACAUGUAUACCAGACUGGAGCAUUGCUAACAUACAUGCUAAUUGUGUCAGAGUGUCAUAAAUCUGGCAGGAUACUUCAUUUCAUUUAACGCCGUAAACGCCCAUCUGUUCGUCUGUUUCAACACAUGUCAGGAGCCUUCACACUUUCACUCCACCGCAGAUAAAAACUGAACGUCACGUGAAAAUGUUCUCAUUAAUUCAGCCUCGGUGUUUGUUCUCCACUGCCAAAGACUCUGAAUAAAUAAAUUAU